GUGUUCCGCCCACGGCGCGGCUUGCAGUCCCGGGAGUCCCGGGAGCCCCCGGGAGCCCGGCGGAGGAGGGAGGGAGGAAGGGGGGAAGGCGGCCCCACCCGGCCUCACCCGGCCCGCGGGAAGCUCCUGGUCCUCUGUGCGCAGGAGAAGAGGCGGCUGCAGGAGGAGAUCAGCGCCGCGCGCCGGGAGCUGGAGGAGGAGAAACUCCGUGUGGAGCGACUCAAGAGGAAGUCUCUCCGGGAACGCUGGCUAAUGGACGGGGCAGCUGAAGAGCCGGAGCGGCCUCAGGACCCCGCCUCACAGGACCUCCAGUCACCUGAGGACCAGGCUCAGGCCCGCAUCCGGAACCUGGAAGGCAGCUUGUUCACACUCCAGUCCCAGCUGCAGCUGUUACAAAGUGCAUCCACAGGUGCCCAGCACAAGCCCACAGGCAAGCCCACCUGGCGCCGACAGGGUCACCGUCCUCUAUCCCAGCCCACCGUGGAGGCAGGUCCUGCAGACCAGACUGAUCUAAACAAGAGCGCCUCCAUACCAGCCGGACCAGUGGACCCCUCUAAGUCCAGAGACGAGUCUGUCGGGGUUCCGCCAGCCCCAAGGAGGAUCCCUGGGGCAGCAGUGGCCUCCUCAGAAGCCAAUGGCCCCUGCCCUGGAUCCAGCCCCCCUCCGGAGCAGGCGCCGAGUCAGGGAGUGGCGGCGUCUGACGGGGGAGUGAAUGAGGCCAAAGGGGAAGGCACGGUGAAGGUGGUCUGGGAGGGGCUGAGGGCCACGGAGGACUGUACCACGGGGCCCACAGGCCCAGAGCUGGAGGCUAAGGUGGAGGAGAUGGUCAUGGAGGCCAUCGGGGACAGACAGGAAGCCGGACGCCUAGAGCUCCCUUCAUGGGUCAGGGAGGACAGGGAUAUCGUGGAGGUAGUCUGGGAAGGGGUGGGAGGCACAGAGGGCAGCGACUCAGAGGCCAUGGGGGAGGCGGGCAGAGGCCUGGAGGCUGCACAGACCAGCUCACUGAGGCUGCAGGAGGGACCGGGGGGAGCAGCUUCUGGAGAAGGGGAAGGUGCCCCCAGGGGCAGCGCUGAUGGUGAUGGGCAGGGGGGCUUUGGAGGAGAGGAGGGGUCCUUCAUUUGGGUGGAGAGAGUGACCCUCAAUGAGCAGUGGGAAGAGCUGGGGCUGGAGGGCUUGGAAGGGCCAAAGGCACUGGGAAGGGAGGGAAAGGAUGAGAGUCCACUGGGGGCAGGCGGCAGAGGCGGGGAGGAAACGUGGGAGGCGGAGAGGAGGUGGGCAGAGGAAUUAGCGGGGAAGAGAGGAAGUGAGGGAAUGGCAGGCGCAGAGCCAGAAGGAGCAGAGAUGUCACUGGCAGUGGAGAGGAAAGGAAGUGAGAAAUCCUUGGAGCCGGAGAGGAGAGGAGUUGAGGAAAAGGUGGAGACAGAGAUGGGAGGAGGUGACGAACCACUGUUGGCAGAAAGAAAAGAAGUUGAAGGACCUCUGAGGGCAGAGAGGGAAAGAGGGGAGGAGCCGUUGGGAGUACAGCAGAAAGGAGGUGAGGAAAAGUUAGAGGCAAUUGAAGAACCAUUGGUGACAGAAAGGAAAGAAGGUGAGGAAUCACUGAUGGGAGAGAGAAUAGGAGGUGAGGAAGCAUUGGAGGGAAAGGAAAAAAGAGACGAGGAGUCACUGAAGGUACAGAGAACGGGCGGUGAGCAGCUGUCGGAGGCAGAGAAAAAAGGAGAUGAAUCACUGAAGGUACAGAGAACGGGCGGUGAGCAGCCGUCGGAGGCAGAGACAAAAGGAGAUGAGGAACCACUGAAGGUACAGAGAACGGGCGGUGAGCAGCCGUCGGAGGCAGAGACAAAAGGAGAUGAGGAACCACUGAAGGUACAGAAAACGGGCGGUGAGCAGCCGUCGGAGGCAGAGACAAAAGGAGAUGAGGAAUCACAGAAGGCAGAGAGAAUGGCAGGUGAAGAGCCACUGCAGACAGAGAAGACUCAAGGGGCCGAGGGAGAUCUGAGUCCGGAAGAGCAGAGAGAGUCAGGAGGAGGAAAGGAGUGUCAGGCAGAGGAAGUGAGUGAGGAAGUGGCUCCCCUGGGGGCCAAGGAGGAGCCAAGGCCGGAGGAAGAAGGACAGCAGCCGCAGGAGAAGCAGGAAGGCUCCCCAGAAGCGGAAGCAGUGAAGCCCCAAACCUCUGAUGAGGGCCAGGACCCCUCUGGGGAUGCCACCCCCCUCCUGGCAGAGACCCCAGCUCAGGAGCAGCCUGCUGAGUGCCAGCCACUGCUUCAGGUGGAGGAGCCCAGGGCCAACCCCAGUGCCCAGGCGGUGCCCACCUACGCGCCUGCCCAGCAGCCGGAGCCAUCUGCCCCUCCCGAGGGCGAAGAGGCGAGUGGCCCUAAGCAGAAGACGUGCCAGUGUUGUGCGGUUAUGUGAGCCCACGCCCUCUACCCCACUCCCAGCUCCUCUCACAGCUACCUCGGCCUCUUGGCAUCAGCAGAUGGUCCCAGGCGCAGACAGGGCACCACGGGACUGGUGAUGGCACCUGGGAGCCAGCUGGUCCACAUGUCCAUCUCCACCUGGGCUCCUGGACCCCUUGCACACUGCCUGUGACCCUGGCCCCUU